GUUAAAUUAAUAUGAUUGUUUAGAAAUCAGUAAGCUUUUCCAAUAAUUUCAUUCUCGAUCAGAUUUUGGUAUAACAUCGAAGUAGUUCUAUGAGCAGAGCAUGCUAGUCUUUAUCUUGUCAAUUUUUCUAUCAGUACCGAAUUCCUUCGGUAUAGAAGAACAAUUCUUCCAAAAUUUGUAAAUAGUAAAAUUUUAGUUAAAAGACAAAGUUCAGAAUGUCUGAUGUAGUGGAGGAGUUCAUCACACUGACGCCCUUGACAUGUGUGCACCAGUGCAACGCUUUGCUGGGUGAAACAACAGGAAAGCCGAGAAGCUGCUUUGUAUUUUUCACACUUUUUGGCGUAUACUGCGGCGUUCUCGUCCUUCGGGCAUAUCGAACAUAUUCCUCAAGACAUGGUGGAGACGGGGUCAAGAUAUCAGAAGGAGUCACACUUGAGGCCAAAGCGGAGGAAUUGGACUUUGGUCCAGGUCCAAGCCUUGUGAAAGAAUUUGUACAGCAAGCGAAACCGAUCCUGUUGCAGCCGGUCGAGUUAUCUAGCACUGACAUGAGAUGGCGCUAUUGCAACAACCUGACUGAAGACGAAUUUAACAAAGGUUACGGCGAAGAAGUUGCCGAGAAAACUGAAGAAUUCGAAAGGAUAGGUGAUGAGGUGGCUGACGAUGAACUACCCACAGUAUCAGUGGCCACUUCCACAUCGAGGGCAAGGUCUCCGGCACGUGAGAAUAAUGUCGAUAAGGAACGUGUGGAGACGAAAACCUUUUCAGUGUGAUCGUAAUGCUCAUUAUUAUCAGGAUAAUUUAGCUUUUGAUCGAGAAUAAAAUAAACGGUAUUUUAAGCCCUUUUAACACGUA